AUGGACAAGACAAUCAAAUCCCAUAGAGAUGCAUUCCUAAAAGGACUGUCUACCGGGCCAAAAAAUCCGACAGGUAAGGGCAAACGCUUAAUUGUUGUCCAUAUCGGCUCAGCAGAGGGUUUCGUCGAGGGUGGUCUACUGUGUAUUGAGUCCAAAAAAAACACAGCAGACUACCACGACGAAAUGAAUGGAGACACCUUCUAUGACUGGUUCUGCGGAAUUUUGCCUAAAUUGAAAAAUAAUUCCGUAAUAGUCAUGGACAACGCUUCAUACCAUUCCGUCAAACUGGACCCCAUUCCCACAAUGACUUGGAAAAAGGACAAAAUAGUGCAAUGGUUAAGGUCCAAAGGUUGUAUUAUCGAGACGCCGAUGGUCAAACAUAUGAUGAUGGAUAAGGUAAGAGAAAUUCGACAUCUUUAUGAUAAGUAUGUGAUCGACGAAGAAGCUUUGAAAUCGAAUAAAAUUGUAUUACGUUUGCCGCCUUACCAUUGCGAGCUGAACCCAAUAGAGUUGGCGUGGGCGGCUGUGAAAAAUCACGUAAAAUAUAACAAUACAACAUUCAAGUUAAACGACGUACAACAAUUACUGGUCGAUGGCGUCAAUCUUGUAACACCAAACAUGUGGGCCAAUUUCGUCGAACACACUAUCAAAGAAGAGGAUAAAUUGUUCAAAAUCGAUUUCAUUACCGAAGAUUUUGAAGAAGGAGGAACAUCCCAUGUGAUGACAAUUACAGGAGAUACUUCAUCCGAUUUGUUCUGA